AUGUCUACUGCGAUGUAUCAACGUGAUCCCCGAGCGGGCCUCUUCUUGGGUGGAACAAGAACAAGUGGUGCCGAAGUCAGAGAUGCAAAUGUCAUGGCUUGUCAAACUGUAUCGAAUAUCCUGAAAUCCUCUUUGGGACCAGUUGGUCUGGACAAAAUGCUCGUUGAUAACGUUGGAGAUGUCACUAUCACCAAUGAUGGAGCUACCAUCUUAUCGUUAUUGGAAGUCGCCCAUCCCGCUGCCCGAAUCUUAGUAUCCCUAGCUACUCAACAAGACAAGGAAAUAGGAGAUGGUACUACCUCAGUUGUACUUUUGGCUUCGGAAUUACUCAGAAGAGCAAAUGAAUUAGUCAGGAACAAGAUUCACCCUACCACUGUCAUCACUGGUUAUAGACUCGCAUGUAAAGAAGCUUGUCGAUUUAUGGCUGAACAACUCUCAACUAAAGUUGACAAACUUGGUAAAGAUUCUUUGAUCAAUGUCGCUAAAACUUCCAUGAGUUCAAAGAUCCUUGCUGCAGACGAUGACUUUUUCGCACCACUCGCCGUGGAGGCUAUGCUUGCUGUCAAGACCAUCAACGCCAAAGGAGAGAAGAAGUACCCUGUCAAAGCAGUAAACGUUCUUAAGGCUCACGGUAAAUCCGCCAGAGAAAGUUUCAUGGUUAAAGGUUACGCUUUGAACUGUACCGUUGCUUCUCACGCUAUGAAACUCCGAGUCACUGGCGCUAAGAUCGCAUGUCUCGAUAUGAACCUCGCGAAACAACGAAUGCACUUGGGCGUACAUAUCACUAUCGAUGAUCCUGAACAAUUAGAAGCUAUCCGAGCAAGGGAGUCUGAGAUUACUUUGGAGAGAGUUAGAAAGAUCUUAGCCGCAGGAGCUAAUGUAGUUCUGACCACAAAGGGAAUCGACGAUUUGUGUUUGAAAGAAUUUGUCGAAGCUGGUGCUAUGGCAGUUCGAAGAUGUAGAAAGGAAGAUUUAAGAAGAAUUGCAAAAGCUACUGGAGCGCAAUUAAUCUCAUCAUUAGCGAAUUUAGAAGGUGAAGAAACUUUCGAACCUAGUUCAUUAGGUUUCGCAGAUGAAGUUUCACAAGAAAGAGUUUCAGAUGAUGAGUUAAUCUUAGUAAAAGGAACCAAAACUGUCAACUCCUCUUCAAUCAUUUUGAGAGGUGCAAAUGAUUAUAUGUUGGAUGAGAUGGAAAGGGCUUUACACGAUUCCUUAUCAAUAGUCAAGAGAACUUUGGAAAGUGGAAGUGUUGUUCCAGGUGGUGGUGCAGUCGAGACUGCCCUAAGUAUCUAUUUGGAGAAUUUCGCUACUACCUUGGGAUCACGUGAACAACUCGCUAUUGCAGAAUUCGCUUCAGCACUUUUAACUAUACCCAAAACACUCGCCAUGAACGCAGCGAAAGAUUCAACUGACUUAGUAGCUAAACUAAGAGCAUAUCACAAUGCUGCUCAAAACGCACCUUUGACAGAUCCAAAGAGAGGUUUAAUGUUUUAUGGAUUAGAUUUGAUCAAUGGUCAAGUAAUCGAUAAUAGACAACAAGGUGUUUUGGAACCUACUAUAUCAAAGAUAAAAUCGUUAAAGUCAGCUUUGGAAGCUGCUACUUCUUUAUUGAGAAUAGAUGAUAGUAUUCAAGUAGCACCUGAAAGGAAAGAACAAGUCGAUGAACAUGGUCAUUAA